UCCAUAUUAAGUUCCGGCUCAAUUCACAAGGAACAAAAAGGCAGGAGACCUGCUGUUGUACAGGGGUUUGGGGUAGGAUUGGGGUGAAAGACACUUCCUUUUUCCCCACUUUGCUUUGGAGGAAUGGGGGAGCCUAAUGCAGAGGUCAAGGUGGUGAACGAAGAAACCGAGGCCAAGCCACAGCAGGCACAUAAGAAUGGAAAGAAAGCCGAGGUUGGAGGAGGAACCUCGUUUUUCACCUUGUUCAUGGUUUUGGCUCUCCUGGGCGUCUGGACCUCUGUGGCUGUGGUGUAUUUUGACCUUGUUGACUAUCAAGGUGUAAUUGCCAAAGCAAAGGACUUGCACUAUAAUCUUUCAGAGGUAUUACAAGGUAAACUUGUGUCCUAUGAUGCUGAUGGUGAUGGAGACUUUGAUGUGGAAGAUGCUAAAGUACUACUAGGGCUGAAAGAUAAAUCCACUACUGAGACCAGUGAAUCAGUUGAGAGAACCCUUGCUGAACCUGUGGAAGAAGCUCCUGAAUCUAUCGUGGAGGAAGUAAUCCAAGCCACUAAAGUUAAAGAAGCAGCUCAGCCACCACCAGAACCAGAGACUGUGGAAGAGGAGCCUGUUCCUGUGGAAGAAGAACCUCUGGCAGUAGACAAAGAGCCCAUUUCCGCAGAAGAUGAAGUAGCUGAGGAGGAACCAGAGGUUGAAGAGGAGCAAGAAGUUCCUGAGGAAGAACCAGAAGUUGUGGAGGAAGAGUCUGAGGUUACAGAGACUGUUCCAAUUGAGGAAGAGGCUUUUGAUGAGGCAGUGGAAGAGCCUGCAAAAGAGGAAGAGGUCAUACCAGUUGAAGAACCGGUUGAGGAAGCUGCUCCAGUUGAAGAAGCAGUAGAGGAGGCUGCAUCAGUGGAAGAAGCAGUAGAGGAGGCUGCAUCAGUGGAAGAAGUAGUAGAGGAGGCUGCAGCAGUUGAAGAAGUAGUAGAAGAUGCACCACUGGAAGAGGCAGUAGAUGAAGUGGUUGCAUCGGUGGAAGAAGCAGUUGAGGAAGUGUUGGAGGAAGAGGCUGUACUAGUGCAAAAAGAUUCACCAGUGGAAGAGGCAAUAGAAGAAGUAGUAGAAGAGGAUGCACCAGUGGAAGAAACAGUAGAGGAAGCUGCACCAGUAGAAGAAGCUGUGGAGGAGGUUGUACCGGUAGAAGAAGCUGUGGAGGAGGUUGUACCGGUAGAAGAAGCUGUGGACUGGUUAAGUGUCUUUUAA